GAUAUCACACCGUUUUCAAGGCCGGAGCACGACUGAUCCGCUAAGAAGAGCCCGGGCCAACAGUUCACUCUGAAGGUGCAGGAAGCUGCUCUGGCUCCGCGGCACACUAAAAAUUAAAAAGCCUGCCAUAGAGACUACUGCAACCCCUCCUCCUCCCAUACGGAGUGGGCGUAUAUCUUCCAGCCUCAGCGUGGGCUCGUGUUGUCUAUGUAAGACGUCAGAGAAGGGGAAGAUCUCGAAUUCAGGUCCGUGCCACACGCACAUAGCUCGGAGAGGACGGAAGUGGGGCACACAGCGCCAUAACUCAAGGCAUGAAAUGCGACCUAUGCCGGAAGUGGGGCACGGGAACUGGAAGUCGGUGUUUCUAAGUUAGUGGGACGGUUGCUAUGUGCCGCAGACAGGAAGUGGGGAGGCGAGGGUGACAGAGUCAGUCAGCUACCGUCAGACUGGGGACAGAAUGGCGAGUCCCGGCCGCUGUCUCCCGCUGCUCGCGGCCGUUCUGCUGUCAUCUGUGUUGCUCCCGUCAGUGCUCGCCGCCCAUGUGAAGAAGGAGAUGGAGGAGAGCCCGGAGACGUACAGCCACUAUUACAGCCACAAGGAGCUCAGCGAGCGGCUCCACUCCCUCGCCCAGGCGCACCCGGAGCUAGCCCGGCUCUCCAGCAUCGGCAUGUCGGUGCAGGGGCGGGAGCUGUGGGUGAUGAGACUGACCGCCGACCCCGAUGCGGCUACCUCGGACCGGCCACAGUUCAAGUAUGUGGGCAACAUGCACGGAGACGAGGCGGUGUCCCGCCAGGUGCUCGUCUAUGUCACCCAGUACCUGCUGGAGAACUACGGCCGGGACCCGCGCGUCACCCGCCUGCUAAACACCACCGACAUCUACAUCCUGCCCAGUCUCAACCCGGACGGCUUCGAGGCGGCCAAGGAGGGGGACUGCCGGGGAGACAAAGGCGGCAGGGAGAACGCCAAGCACCUGGACCUGAACCGCAACUUCCCGGACCAGUUCUCCAGGCAGCAGCCGCCGCCAGAUCCCCAGCAGCUGCCCGAGGUAGUGGCUAUGAUGGAAUGGAUCAAGGACAACAGAUUUGUGCUCUCUGGGAACUUGCAUGGUGGUUCUGUGGUAGCAAGCUAUCCUUAUGAUGACUCCAGCAGUCACACGGAGACUGGCUUCUAUAGCCGAUCUUCAGAUGACAAAGUGUUCCGAUACUUGGCAAAGGCAUACGCUUCAAACCACCCAGUAAUGAAGACUGGCCGCCCAGGGUGUAAGGGUGAGGAGAGCGAAUAUUUCCCUGAUGGAAUAACCAAUGGGGCCCACUGGUAUGAUGUUCAAGGUGGGAUGCAGGAUUACAACUAUCUAUGGGGAAAUUGCUUGGAAGUGACGUUUGAGCUGUCUUGCUGCAAAUACCCCCCUGCUUCUGCAUUGGCUGAGGAGUGGGAGAAUAACAGAGAAUCUCUACUCAAAUUUAUGGAAAUGGUGCACAUAGGAGCCAAAGGGUUUGUAAGAGACUCUGUUACUAAGAAAGGUAUAGAGAAUACCACCAUCUCUGUGUCAGGGAUUGAUCAUAAGAUCACUACUGGCAAGAUGGGAAACUUCCAGAGAUUGCUAGCUCCUGGGACAUAUAACAUCACUGCGUCCGUUAUCGGGUAUCUGCCACUAACUAUUCCUAAUGUGGAUGUAAAAGAAGGGCUAGCUACUGUGCUAGAGUUCUUGCUCAAUCCUACAGUAUCAGUCCCAGCGCUUGAUAAUACCAUAGGCAGCACUACUUACCCAGUACCUGCAUCUGAACCUCCAGUUACCGUAAAAGCUGUAAACCUCCCACCUCUUCACAAACCAAUCCAGCCUCAGGACUUCCGCCAUCACCACUAUUCUGACAUGGAGAUAUUCCUCAGGAAGUACAACAGUGAAUAUGCCAGCAUCACACAUCUGUACUCGGUUGGCAAGUCCGUGGAAUUACGAGAGCUAUAUGUCAUGGCAAUAUCCGAUAACCCACAUGUUCAUGAGCCAGGUGAGCCAGAGUUCAAGUACAUUGGUAACAUGCAUGGUAAUGAAGUGGUAGGACGAGAGCUGCUGUUAAACCUCAUCGAAUAUCUGUGCAAGAACUAUGGGACUGACCCUGAGGUGACACAACUGCUUCGUACCACCAGAAUCCACAUCAUGCCAUCUAUGAACCCUGAUGGAUAUGAGAAAGCACAAGAAGGGGACCGUGACGGAGUAGUCGGCAGGAACAACAGCAACAAUUAUGAUCUUAAUCGUAAUUUCCCCGACCAGUUCUUCCAGAUUGUAGACCCUCCACAACUUGAGACAUUGGCAGUAAUGAGUUGGAUGAAAAGUUACCCCUUUGUUCUCUCUGCUAAUCUCCAUGGUGGCUCCCUUGUGGUUAAUUAUCCGUACGAUGAUGAUGAAGAAGGUAUGUCUGCGUACAGUAAAUCCCCAGAUGAUGCUGUGUUCCAGCAAUUGGCGCUCUCCUAUUCCAAGGAAAACAAUGAGAUGUUCCUGGGUAGUCCAUGUAAGGAGAUCUAUCCCAAUGAUAACUUCCCUCAAGGAAUUACCAAUGGAGCAAACUGGUAUAAUGUUCCAGGUGGCAUGCAGGACUGGAACUAUCUAAACACAAACUGUUUUGAAGUGACCAUUGAGUUGGGCUGUGUAAAAUAUCCUAUUGCCUCGGAACUUCCUGCGUACUGGGAAAGUAACCAUCGGUCUUUGCUGCAGUUCAUACAACAGGUGCACAAGGGAAUCAAAGGAUUUGUGCUUGAUGCCACAGAUGGAAGAAGCAUUUUCAAUGCUACCAUUAGCGUGGCAGACAUUAAUCAUCCUGUGACCACUGAUAAAGCUGGAGAUUAUUGGAGAUUGCUAGUGCCUGGAACAUAUAAAGUCACAGCCUCUGCAAGAGGGUAUGUUCCUGUAUUGAAAACAGUCAACGUCACGGAUGGAGAAGCAGUGGUUACAAAUUUCACUCUUGUCCGUUCCGGUGCAGAUGUCCACAAAGAAGAUAAAGGAAAAUUAUCAGUGGUAGAGCCAGAAACACCAGAUCCUAAUACAAAAGCAUUUGAGACCCUAAUCAAGGACCUUUCAGCUGAGAAUGGCCUAGAGCAUCUCCUGCUGUCCACCUCUUCCAGUGAUAUAGAUCUUUAUCGGUAUAGACCAUAUCACGACCUUUCAGAGUCCCUACGUGGACUAAAUCUGAACUACCCAAACAUUACUAAACUAACCAGGUUGGGUCAGAGUGUUGAAUAUCGCUACAUUUGGUCUCUGGAAAUCUCCAACAAACCAAAUAUUUCUGAACCAGAUGAGCCGAAAAUCAGAUUUGUUGCCGGAGUUCAUGGAAACGCACCAGUCGGCACAGAACUGCUCUUGACAUUUGCAGAAUUCCUCUGCUUGAACUAUAAGAAGAACAAUGCAAUUACAAAGCUGAUUGACAGAACAAGAAUCGUUAUUGUGCCUUUGGUGAAUCCAGAUGGUCGAGAAAAAGCAACGGAGAAAGAUUGUACCUCAACGAUAGGACAAACCAAUGCCAAUGGCAAGGAUCUGGAUACAGACUUCAUAAGUAACACUUCUGGACCUGUUGGAGAUAGGGAAAAAGAGACUAAUGUUAUUAUUAAUGGUUUAAUCUUAAAACAAGAUUUCACACUUUCAUUAGUUUUAGAUGGUGGUUCUCUGCUUGUUACGUAUCCAUAUGAUAACCCAGUGCACACAGUGGAAAACAAAGACACUCUGAAACACUUGGCCUCUGUCUAUGCAGAUAACCAUCCUACAAUUCACCUGGGACAUCCAGGAUGCCCUAACAAGUCAGAUGAGAAUAUCUCAGGAGGAGUGAUCUGUGGUGCUGAGUGGAGAGGACAUCAAGGCAGCAUGAAGGAUUUCAGUGUAAUCUAUGGUCACUGCCCAGAGAUAACAGUCUACACUAGCUGCUGUUUCUUCCCCAGUGCUGGGCAGCUGAAGUCCCUCUGGACUGACAACAAAAAACCACUUCUUGCCAUGCUGGUAGAGGUACAUAAGGGCGUACAUGGCAUUGUAAAGGAUGAGAAAGGAAAACCUGUUCCUAAAGCAACAAUUAUAUUUAGCGAGGGAGUAAAAGUCUACACCAAGGAGGGAGGAUACUUCCAUGUUCUACUAGCACCAGGAUUCCAUAACAUUGAUGCCAUUGCAGAGGGAUACCAGCAGCAACAUACCCAGGUUCAUGUUCGGCAUGAUGAAGCCAGCCUUGUAGAAAUAAUCUUUAUAAUGGAUAACCGUAUCUUUGGCCUGCCCAGGCAGUUGGUUGUAACCAUUGCAGGAGCCACUAUGACAGCCUUGCUACUUACAGCCUGCAUCAUCUGGUGCGUAUGCUCGAUCAAGUCCAACAGACACAAAGAUGGAUUUCAUCGGCUGCGCCAGCACAAUGAUGACUACGAGGACGAAAUCCGUCUGAUGUCUGCUGGUUCUAAGAAAUCCCUUCUAAGUAAUGAGUUCCAGGAUGAAACGGACACAGAGGAAGAGACACUGUACACCAGCAAGCAUUGAGAACCAGUUGAACCAACUAAGAGAUCCAGAUAUUCCAUUCUUGGGAACAAUUUCUGGUUUGGCAACAUCCUACGAUCCAUAGCUGCAGUUUUGCCAUUGAUUUUCUCUUGAACUACUUUUGUGUUAAGUGCUCUUUCAUUUUUUUUAUUUUUAAUAGGUUUUUUUUUGUGUGUGUGCGUGCGCUCCUGGAUCCCAUUGUCUGCUAACAAAAUAGCGUGGAAAUGUAAGGAUUUGAACAACAUUGGAUUGCUGAUAAAGCCUUACCAGAUGCACAUUUUCAUCACACAGCGGCCGUGGUGGGAUGGUUAGGAUUUAUUGCAAUACCUGGCAAGGUGUCUCACUGAGCCUGUACUUAUUUGUAUGUUAUGUCUUCACAUCAGAACAAUAUGACUUUAUGGGUGAAGGCAGUCAUUUUUAUCGUAUAUUCGGUAACUGAUUGGAAUUAUAUCAUGGCCAGUUUUUAUUUGUGCUACUGGAAAAAAAAAUGUUAGUGGCCUGAGAACAUGUAAGAUCAUUAUAGUAGUUGUACGUUUAGGGUUUUGCCUUGUAGGGAACUUAGUGUCCUAAUGCCUCUUGGUUCUCUAUCAAACAUACGUUAACAGUAGGUACAACAGUGUGCCCUUUAUCCUUAUAGCAAGUGUUAUAUUUUCUUAUCUAUCUUCCAUUUCUAGUAAUAUGGCAAAAGGAUAAUUUUCCAGAUUUAUAUUAAGCUUGCUACGGUAUUUCUUUAUUCCUCCUUACACAGCAAUGAAUAUGUUGGAAGGAACCCUCUCUCUCUCUCUCUCUCUCUCUCUCUCUCUCUCUCUCUCUCUCUCUCAUCUAAAUGAUGCACUACUAUUCAUUUCAUUACAAUGCGGGGGGAAAAAACAGACAAAACAUCCUGCUUGUAUUUACAAGGGUGUCACAUGGUAUGCCCCAUUCUUGUACAGUAGUGGCCUGCAAUGUUUAGGCUCACAUUGCAGUUAAUUACUAUUUAAAUUAUGUUUCCUUAUGUAGUGUUUAUGACAAGGGGUAAAAGGUAAACUGGUAUUUACUACUUUUACAGAUAGCUGCCAAAUCUACUGCCUUAUAAUGUUCUGCCUGUUCAGAACCCGCUGCGUUUCACCACUCCUAAAGCCACGCAGUAAUCUAUCCUUGCACUUUGUUAAUUGAUUAUACCUGAGAUUUAGUAUUGAAUAUUGAUUUUUUUGUACAUGGCCAAGAGAGCAUUACAGGUAAUGGUGGCGUCCCUCAUUAGGGCAUUAUUUAUUGUUGUGAACCGUGAAUUUGCAUUUUUUAACUCCUCUGUUAGUUGAAGCUAUGGUACAAACACAUCACCCCUAUUGUAGAAUGUUAAGUGUACUGUGCUGGCCUAUGCUUUGCUCUAUAUGGUUUAUAACCACAUUAUGUACGAACACUAACUUACAACCAUGAAUAUCCAGACAAACCCCAAGGCCAUGCAGUAUUAGUGUUUCUCAAUAAGGCACUCUGGACCUUUUAUUUACAUUUCCCCUUGCUGUAUACAUAUGUAAUAACUCCUGAAGUGCCUUGUUGCAGUAGCAGCAUUAGAUAGAUAAUGGUAUUGAACGUGACAAUGCUGCAACACCUUCCCCUGGGGGUUAAUUCCUUAAUUUUGUUGAGGAAAACUGUUUGAUAUGCUUUAAGCACCACCAUUAAAAUGUGUUGUAGUUUGGAGUAAGUCAUGGCUACUGUCAUUAGACAAGUACAAAUAUUAUGGUUUAUAUUGCACAUGUGCCUGGAAACGGCAGGACAUUCUCCAUGGCUUCUACCUUUUCAGUCGGUGAGGUUCUUUUUCUUUCUCUUUUUGUUUUGUUUUUUUAAAGAAAUAUGUUCUCAUUGUUUUAUGGUAAUAAAUACAGGAUACAUAUU